AUGCACGACUACGCCCUCCUCACGACGGCAGGCCUCGAGUCUGUCGCCCUCGACGCCCUCGCGAGCGAGUGCGGGCUGCGGGCCAGCGCGCUGCCCGCCCCGACCGCCCGAAAGGGCGAGUCGUUUGGCUCGGCGGGUGGCCUCGGCAUCCUCGUCGCGUCCCGGCAAGAGCCGCUCGCUGCGCGCGCCCUCUCGGCGCCGGUGCUGCAGGCGGCCCUCGCCGUCGUGGUGCGGUGCGAGGUGGAGGAUGGCGACGUUCUCGCCGCCGCCGUUGGGAGCGUGAGCGAGGAGCGCUGGCGGUCGGCGAUGCGCACGCACGCCGCGCACGCCGCUCCUCUCCCCCCCUCCGCGCCCUCCUUCCGCAUCGCUUCGCUCCGCGCCGGCCAGCACGACUUUGACAGCCGCGCGCUGAGCAGCGCGCUCGGCGCAGCCGUCAGCGCGCUGCAGCCCUCGUGGCGGGUCGACCUCGAGGCCCCCGACGUGUGCGUCCUCGCGCUGCUCGUCAACCGCUCGCUCCUGAUUGGCGCGCUGCUGCCUCCCUUUUCGCCCCGCAAGUCAGACCCGCUGCCGAUGGAGCCGAGGCAGUGGCUCGUGCGCGGAGAGCGGGCGCACAUGCGGCCGCACAGGGCCGCGCUGCUCGCCCGCCUCCUCGCGCCGGCGAGCGGCGAGGUGCUGCCCUGCUCGCCUCGACUCGCCCCCUCGGACGCUUCCCCGGAGCCGUCUCCCGGCAUCCUCGCCAUCGAGGCGGCGCUCCUCGCCUCCGUCACCGCCCACUCUGUCGACCUCGACCCUGCGGCGAUGCUGCACGCCCGGCUCGACGUCGGCGCCCUCCUCUCCGCCCUCGCGGUGCUCGUCCGGCCCGGCGGCCGCUGCCUGCUCGUCGGCAACGCGGGGCCGGGAGGCGUCGGCCGCGGCGUCGCCGCCGCGGUGGUCAAGGCGUCGCGCCGCUACCCGCCCGGCGCGUGGCGGGUCGUGCGGCAGACGGCGUGCGCGUCGGGAGGGAUCGCGUGCGAGGCUGCUCGCGGCAAAGUUGUGCUCGAGCCCGGCUUCGGCCUGGCCGCGUGGCUGCGGCUGAGCAGGGGCGCGGACCUCACCGGCGGAGUCGGGCCGCUCGACGAGGAGGAGGAGGAGGCGUGGCCGAAGUGGUCACUCGCCGACGUGGCCUCGCACACCACGCCCGAGGACUCGUGGAUGGCGGUUCGCGGCAAGGUGUACAACGUCUCGCCCUACCUCCGGUACCACCCGGGAGGUGUGGACACGCUUCUCGACGCGGCCGGCACGGACGCCACAGCCCUCUUCCAACAGCACCACGCUUGGGUGAACGAGGACAUGCUCUCUGCGUGCUGCGUGGGCACCCUGAGACAGUAG